AUGGCGCCAAAAGCGCAAUACUUUGAUUGUAAAUCUCAACAACCACUGGCGAAUUUUUCUACUUUACCCGCUACCAUUCUUUCGGGACAUCCUUUCGGGAAACAUCUGGCCAGCUGUCAACUCGCGUUCGUACUAGGAUCUGAUCGAUAUCGCCGCGUGGCUGCCGCACAUCUCUUUCUCUCCCAACCACCACAGCACGAAAUGGGGCACCCUUCUUUUUCGUGCAGCCUCUGCGGCAUGACAGGAAUCCUCGACACCAUAGAUGUUUCCGGAGCACACUGUGGCCUCUCCGCUCGCGAACCAUGCCUCGCAUGCGCACAACUGAAACAAAUCGAUGAGAAAAUACAGGAAACAGCCACCAUGCUUCAAACCCUUCUGAAAGAGCGUCAAGAGCUCAAAUUUCAACGGAACAAGCACCACGACCAAAUAGUCAACCGUCUUCCUCCAGAACUCGUCUCCCGCAUCUUCACCGAGGCCUGCUAUCCAGAUACGCGCGUUGCAAGCUCCAGAGCCCUACAGCUCUUCCCGCAUAUUAGUGAAGGCGUAGAUCAAGGAAAUCAAAACCCUUUGCAGCUACAGAUGGUCUGUCGAACAUGGCGCGAAAUUGCGCUCUCGAAUCCACGGAUCUGGUCGACGAUAUGGGUCAAUAUGGGAUGGGGAGGCCAUGAGCCGUACCGGCAGUUCAUACAGGAAUGGAUCUCGCGCUCCAGGGACUUACCGCUCUCUCUCAUCCUUUAUGAGAUUGUCUAUCAGUAUCCGAUUUAUGACAGAGAGCACCUUGCGCGAAUGCGGCACCUCUUCGACGUGAUCAACAAUACGUCGUCCCGGUGGAGAGAGCUCAACUUCUUCCUGAGUGAGGACCUGGUCAAGAUGCUCGGUGGCGACACCAUCGAGGCACCUGUUUUGGAGAGCGUAUUUCGAGGACGCUUCCUGAAUGAAUAUGGCGGCGGCUACACUGCACCCUUCAUUUUGCGCGUCAGACCGAGUCCGACACACGUCUCCCUUGAUAUGUGCAAGCACACGGGAAUGGCCAUCGAUUGGGGUCAGGUCACCCACGUGGAAAUGAAGGUAACUUCAGUAGACAAUGUUUUAGGACUCCUUCCCGAUGCGCCCAGCAUAACGCACCUCACCCUUCACUCCGUUCAUGUAUUUUCACUUCCUCCUAAUCUGCCCGACGAAAUCAUCCACAACCAUCUUCGUGUCCUAAAGGUACCCACCGACUCGUGGAGACGUGAAGCAAUGGACCCCCUUCUCGACCGUCUAACUCUCCCUUCCUUGGAAGAACUUCACAUCGGAGGAUCCCUUCUCCAAACCACCAACCUCAUUCUUCGUUCCCACUGCAGGAUCACAAAAUUAAACAUUGACCAGAAUCUUCGUCAUCUUUCUUACAGAGAUGGGGAGCCAGAAUCCGACUUCAUUGCUCUUCUACGGGAAGUGCCUUUCCUGACUGAUUUGACCUUCAUUGGCCGAAUUUCGAGCACCUUUUUGGAGCGUCUCCGACUAGCUCCCACAGGUGAUACAGGUGACUCGGAAGUAUUUUUGCCAGCACUUCGCUCCUCCGACAUAAAAUGCUUCCUCGAGUUUGAAUGGGAGUGCGUAGCCAAUAUCUUCCCGGCGCAUCCGAGUCCUUUAAAUGGACACCGUUCGGCACUGCAAUCGUUCAAGCUUACUGUAUCAAAGCCAGUCACCAGAAAUCGACAAAUGCCAGUGGAGGGCGAUAGCGGUAAUGAGUGCACUUUGGUGCCUAUUCCAGAUGGUGUGUUCGACCACCUUUUGGGUGUUCGAGAGUCUACAGGGAUCCAGCUGUCGAUUGUGAAUGAUUCCGAAGAGAAUAUGCUAUACGGAGAGUAG